UCCUSAUAUCACUGAACGGUCGUUGUCGCUCCGGGUAACUUUAUCCUUUCAUCGUUCCACAAAAAGAAUCCGCCACCGCCGGUGCGUAAAGUGCGCGGAGGUGUGGCUCGGUUUGGAUGACAUCAGUCUCCUCCUGCCGAAUAUGUGCGCGCAGCCGGAGUCAGAUCGACUCAGUUCGGCUCCGGCAGGACCAAGGAGCCUGCAGCCGCCAUGAAGCCCGGAGCCCGGAGCUGAUCCCGGACUUAGUCCUGCCUGGAGGUGGGUUGAACUCCCUCUUGGAUUAUCUGUUUUUGUUUUGUUUUGUGGAGAAGACCCGGAGCUCAGCUGGGGAUCUGUGGCGAUCGGAACCAGACAGGGGGGAUGGAUCCCUCCCGCUGGCUCCUGCUGUUUCUCUCUCUGGCGCUCUGGAUCCAGGACGGGAUGUGCCAACACCUGAACCACUUCAUCCGCCCCAUCCCCAGCGACUCUCUGCCCGUGGAGGUCCUGAAGGAGGAACCGGACCCGCAGCUGGACCCGAAGGAGAAGGACCUGAACGGGACGGAGCUCCGGAGCCUCCUGGGGAGCCACUUCAACCCGGACUUCAUGUCCGUGUCCCCGCCGGAGGACCUCUACGAGGACGACCCGGAUCAGAGCCCGAAGCUCGCCGGACCCAUGCCGAAAGAGAUCCGAACCCUGGAACUGGAGGUGCUGUUCGGCAAGAAGCAGCAGAAGGCGAACCGGAAGCUGCGCAGGAUGCUCUGGGCCUACACGCUGUGUCCGGUGGUUUACGCGUGGACCGAACUGGGCUGGCGGUUCUGGCCGCGCUAUCUGAAGGUGGGCAGCUGCUACAGCAAGCGGUCCUGCUCGGUUCCGGAGGGGAUGACGUGCAAACCGGCCAAAGCGACUCAUUUGACUUUCCUCAGAUGGCACUGCCCGCAGAAAAAGGUUCCGCAGAGGUGCGCCUGGAUCCACAUCCAGUACCCGGUCAUAUCCGAGUGCAAAUGCUCCUGUCCGAACUGAGGGGAACCGGCUCCGACUCCGGAUCCGGAUCCGCAGAACUGUUCAAAAAAUCUCAGAGGAGAAUUGCUUUCUGCGUCUUCAGAUUGCUGUAUUACUUCUGGACUAAACUUUAUAAAUGAUGGUCAGUUUUUUUUUAUAAUCUCUGCUCUACUGUAUUAAUAUAAGUCAUAUGUGUCUGUUUCUUAUUUAUAAGACUGAGUUAAACUUCAGUUUUCAGGAAAGUUGUCGCAAGAAGUUCAAAACUUGGAAUUAAUAAACGAAUUCCUGUUUGAAUUGAAGUGUUCUUACAUUGUUCGAUCAGAAGAUGGUCAGAAACUAAUUAUUUAUCACCAGGCUUUUUUUAUAACUGGAAUAUUGAACUGUUCAUGAUCACACAAUUGCAACAUCUGGUUCUACAAACAAAGCUCCUAUUUAGUUUGAGAAGGACAAAGCUCAUAUGAAUCAAAAUUGGAAUUAAAUGUAAAGAAAUAUUUUGAUAACAUUUGAUCUAUUUCGGCAAAACUGUGGUGGUUUAAAUGCAAUAAAAGACAUGACAAUCCCCUAUUUUUAUGAGGGGGAAUACUUAAAAGAACUUUWAGAGAGAGAUGUGAAUUGUUUACAGUACUCCACAUUUUUACAAAACAAAAUCAUAGAAUCUUGACACGUUUCUGUCAUUUAACUUGUGAAAUACUGAAAAUUCAGAUUUCUUCAAUAAAUGUUUUUAUAACUAUC